AUGGGUAUUGUUGAAAAGAUCCAAGAAAUUGAGCGUGAAAUUAGCAGGACACAAAAGAACAAGGCCACCGAAUAUCACUUGGGUCUUCUGAAAGCAAAAUUAGCAAAGUAUAGACAGCAGUUAUUGGAACCAACAACAAAGGGUGGUACCAGUAAGGGUGAUGGUUUCGAUGUGAUGAAAAGUGGUGAUGCUCGAGUUGCAAUGGUUGGUUUUCCUUCAGUAGGUAAAUCGACAUUGUUGUCAUCACUUACAACAACAGAAAGUGUUGCAGCUUCUUAUGAGUUUACCACACUUACAUGUAUACCUGGUGUCAUCGAGUAUGAGGGAGCCAAUAUACAGUUGCUUGAUUUACCCGGUAUUAUUGAAGGAGCAGCACAGGGUAAAGGUCGAGGAAGACAAGUUAUAGCAGUGGCAAGAACAGCUGAUAUUAUUUUGAUGAUGCUGGAUGCCGCAAAAGGUGAAAUGCAGAAAGCUCUUCUUUCAAAAGAACUGGAAUCAAUGGGUAUUCGCCUAAACAAAAAGCCGCCAUUAAUUUAUUUCAAACAAAAGAAAAUUGGUGGAGUGAAAUUUACGCAUAUGGUUCCACUAACACAUUGUAAUGAGAAGCUAGUAAUGACUGUAUUACACGAGUAUAAAAUUUUCAAUGCUGACGUCGUUUUCAGAGCUGACUGCACAGUGGAUGAAUUGAUUGACGUUAUACAAGGAAAUCGUGUUUAUCUUCCAUGUCUUUAUGUAUAUAACAAGAUCGACCAAAUAAGCAUGGAGGAAGUGGAUAGGUUAGCUCGUCUCGAACAUUCAAUUGUUAUUAGUUGCGAAAUGAAACUAAAUAUGGAUUACAUGGUCGAAAAAAUUUGGGAAUAUUUGGCACUUAUCAGGAUAUAUACCAAAAAGCCUGGAAAUGCACCUGACUUAGGACCACGCGAUGGCUUAAUACUACGACGUGGAGCAACAAUUGAACAUGCUUGCCAUGCCUUACAUCGUAAUCUUUCUGCAUCAUUUCGUUAUGCAAUUGUUUGGGGUACUAGCGCGAAGUUUUCACCUCAACGAGUGGGCAUUCACCAUAAGCUUCACCACGAAGAUGUAGUACAAAUUGUCAAAAAAUAA